AGCGGGCGGUGAUGCUGCGCUGGGGAGCUGCGAGGCGGAAUUCCUCGCGCUUGUGGUCGCAAUCCAGGCGCUACAUUGCCGGCCAUGGAUCGAAGCAGCGGCAGGAUCCUUGCUCCUCGUCUGUGGCUGAGUUGGAAUGCGUGGUAUCGCCCGACGAUGGAAGGGAUGCACACGAGCUCCUGAGAAAGAAUCCGGUGGGAUUGUAUGGAUAUGAAGCUUUGAAAACUGCCAAGGGAUUUCGUGCAUUUGCUGAAACAGCGAUUGCGAAGUCUGAGGAUCUCAUUGCGCGUGUCAAAGAGCUUCCGCCGUCCAUGGAGACCAUCAAGUGUAUGGAUGACAUCUCCAACACUGUGUGCAUGGUUGUUGAUGCUGCGGAGCUCUGUAGAAAUACUCAUCCUGACAAGGAGUAUGUGGACGAAGCGAAUGCCGCAUCGUUGAAAUUGUACAAAUAUUUGCAUUACCUUAACACUCACAAAUCUCUCUAUGACGCCGUCGUCCAUGUUGAGAGCUCGGAUGCUUUGACUACGGAAGAAGCCAAGAGAGCUGCAAAAACCUUAAGAAUUGAUUUUGAAAGGGGUGGAAUCCAUCUACCUCCUGAAAAGAUGGAGCGUGUGAAUGAGUUGAACCUUGAGAUUACGCGACUAGGAAGAGAGUUUACAGAAAAUAUGCAGCUAUCUCAGGGCCAUGUCGAUGUUUUCCCAGCAUCAAAAGUACCGGAAAGUUUGCACCACUUAAUGCAACCGAUACGCAGCCAUUCGAAAAGCUGGAAAAGUAAGAGCGAAGACACUGGGCUACGUAUAAGCACCGAUGCUGGAGUUGUUUCGAGUGUGCUCAAGUGGGUACCAGAUGCUGAGAUCAGGAAAGAAGUCUAUAUUUGCAGUCACAGUACUGCGAAGAACAACCUUUUGGUCCUGGAUAAGCUAAUUGAAUCCAGGCAUGAACUUGCCCAGCUUAUAGGAUUCAAUUCAUAUGCUGAAUUUGCAACUGCUCCAACUAUGGCAGGAUCUUCCGAAGUUGUCCAAUCUUUCCUGCACGAUCUUUUAUCGCAAACGCAAUCUAAAGCAAACGAGGAGUUGAAAAUGCUCGAGAGUUUUGCACGUAGCAGCUCAAUCGAGCCGUGGGAUGAAGCAUAUUACACUGGUAUGUACAAAGCUCGUGCUCAAAAUUUAGACUCCAAGGUAAUCUCCUCGUAUUUUCCACUUGAGCGAUGCAUGAAUGGUCUUAAAGUGAUUGUAAAAUCCCUGUUCGAUGCGUCUUUUGAACAAGUUUCCGUAGCACCUGGAGAAGUAUGGCAUUCUGACGUUCAAAAGUGGGAACUUCGGCAUAGCACCGAGGGUUGUUUAGGCCAUAUGUUUCUGGACUUGUAUUCGCGGAAAGAAAAAUACCCAAAUUGCGCUCACUUUACUCUCAAAGGCGGGCGUAGAACAUCCGAGACUGAAUACCAAUUGCCAGUGGUCGCAUUGGUCUGUAAUUUUUCUAAGCCUCUGUCGUCAAUGUCUGCGUUACUACAUCAUUGGGAGGUGGAAAACCUUUUCCACGAGUUCGGCCAUGCUCUUCAUUCGCUUUUAUCACGAACGGAGUAUCAACAUUUUUCUGGGACGAGAACAGUUAUUGACUUUGCGGAAACACCUUCAAACGUAUUCGAAUGCUUUGCUUGGGACUAUCAAGUGUUGAAAACCUUCGCACAAAACUCAGCUGGCGAAACGAUUCCAGAGAAGAUGGUGGUAUCAAUGAACCAAGCGAAAAAGAUGCUUGGUGUCACGGAGUUACUGAGACAGGUCUUGUAUGCCAUGGUGGAUCAAAAGUUUUUCGGACCGCAACCUUUACCUGCUGGCGGCACUACUGGAGUGCUCGUGGAGAUGCAAGAGCUCAGCAAAAACUGGAAGCACAUCGAAGGCACGCACUGGCAAUCGAAAUUUGGACACAUGAUAACUUAUGGCGCUGGAUACUACAGCUACUUGUAUGCACGGUGCAUCGCAGCUAGCAUCUGGCAAAAAGUUUGCGCUGCGAACCCUCUAAGCCUGGAGACAGGGCAAACUCUAAGGCGGGGAAUUCUUCAGCACGGUGGUGCCAAAGAACCAGCAGAUAUCCUUCGCGAUUGCCUGGGUCAGGACUCGCUGAUCACGGCACCAAGUGGAGGAGUAAGGCCUUGCGUGAAGCAACUCCUGUCCGACCUUGGAGUAUAGGUACCCAAUAUUCUUUCGGAAACUGUUUAGUGAUAAACUGGAGCAAGAUAUAAAGAUUUGUGAUCUAGAUUUGAGGAUAAAGAUUAGUGAUCAAGAUAUGAAGAUUAGUGAUAGACUGGAGCAAGAUAUAAAGAUUUGUGAUCAA